AUGAAGCUGGGGUUUGAAACAGGAGAGGGUGGUUUGACCAAGCUGAAGGAAGGAGGUAUUGGCUGUGUGGUCCAGCUCUGCCAGGUAUCGAAGGAGCGGAUAGAGUGGGAUUUGGAUUUCACUGAGAAGAAGAUAUUUCAAGCAAAUUCGUGGCCCAGGUUGAGGAAAGGUUUUGUCGUGACAACACCAGCAACUGUUGGAGGCAAAGUUUUUCUGAUAUUUUAUGGUCUUAUCGGAUGUGCAGGCACCAUCUUAUUCUUCAACCUCUUCUUAGCAUUUAUUACGGUCAUUGCCUACAUCAUGAAGUCAUGUCAUGAGAGGCAGCUCCGAAAGAAGGGGGUCCUGCAAUCUGAUAACCAAAGAGGUUCUGGGACCUCAGAGGCUGACAGCAUGGUGGGAUGGAAGCCUUCCGUGUAUUAUGUUAUGCUCAUCCUGUGCAUGGCAUCCCUCAUCAUCUCCUGUUGUGCCUCUGCCAUGUACACCCCCAUUGAAGGUUGGAGCUACUUUGAUUCUCUUUAUUUCUGUUUUGUGGCCUUUAGCACCAUUGGCUUUGGUGACCUCAGUAGCCAGAAUGCCCAGUAUGAGAGCCAAGGGCUCUAUCACUUUGGCAACUUUGUCUACUUUGUCUUCAUCCUGAUGGGCGUCUGCUGCAUUUAUUCCUUGUUCAACGUGAUCUCCAUCCUCAUCAAGCAGUCCGUCAACUGGAUCUUGAAGAAAAUGAAAUGCCGGUGUUGCCAGUGCCAAAGAAAGGCCCUACUCUUAUGGAGAAAUGUGGUCACUCCCAGCAAUGUGCGGAGUGGACAAGAAAUCUCUAUUGAGACAGAUGGUGUGAUUGAGAAUGAAACAGAUGGACAUCGCCUCUCAGGAGAGAUGAUCUCCAUGAAGGACUUCUUAGCCUCCAACAAAGUCUCACUAGCCAUCCUGCAGAAGCAGCUGUCAGAAACAGCCAACGGAUGUCCUCAACAAGCCAGUGUGUCAGCCCGACACAAAGGAUUCUCAGGAGGGGUGGGGGCCCUGGCGAUCAUGAACAACAGGCUGGCAGAAACAAGUGGGGACAGAUAA